AUGUCGGAAUCGGAAGGCAAGAAAGAGACUACUCUAGAGCCCUGUCAAGCCAGUGGAAUAGAACUUGGUCAGGAAUGGGGGCUUUGCCAUGGACCCUCAGCUGAAGGAGAUAAACUCUAUGGAGCAUCAGAUCUGGGCACCCCUCGGCGAAAGACUCAACACAGCAAGCACAAGAUGGUGGCCGUGGCCAGUGCACAGAGGUCACCCCGGGCACUCUUCUGUCUCACUCUGGCCAAUCCCCUGCGACAAUCCUGCAUCAGCAUUGUAGAGUGGAAGCCCUUUGACAUCCUCAUUCUGCUUACCAUCUUUGCCAACUGUGUGGCCCUGGGAGUCUAUAUCCCUUUCCCUGAAGAUGACUCCAACACUGCCAACCACAAUCUGGAGCAGGUGGAGUAUGUUUUCCUGGUGAUUUUCACUGUGGAGACUGUGCUCAAGAUCGUGGCCUAUGGGCUGGUGCUCCACCCAAGUGCUUACAUCCGUAAUGGCUGGAACCUACUCGACUUCAUCAUCGUCGUGGUUGGGUUGUUCAGUGUGCUCCUGGAGCAGGGCCCAGGACGGCCAGGGGAUUCCCCACAUACUGGGGGAAAACCAGGGGGAUUCGAUGUGAAAGCAUUGCGGGCAUUUAGAGUACUGCGGCCACUGAGACUGGUAUCCGGCGUCCCAAGCCUGCACAUCGUGCUCAAUUCCAUUAUGAAGGCACUGGUACCUUUGCUGCAUAUUGCAUUGCUCGUGCUAUUUGUCAUCAUCAUUUAUGCUAUCAUUGGACUCGAGCUGUUCCUCGGACGCAUGCACAAGACGUGCUACUUCCUAGGAUCUGAUGUGGAAGCAGAGGAGGACCCAUCACCCUGUGCAUCUUCAGGCUCCGGGCGUGCAUGUGUGCUGAACCAGACUGAGUGCCGUGGGCGCUGGGCAGGGCCCAAUGGGGGCAUCACUAACUUUGAUAACUUCUUCUUCGCCAUGCUGACAGUCUUCCAGUGUGUCACCAUGGAAGGCUGGACCGAUGUGCUCUACUGGAUGCAGGAUGCCAUGGGGUAUGAGCUGCCCUGGGUGUACUUCGUGAGCCUGGUCAUCUUUGGAUCCUUCUUCGUUCUCAACCUUGUGCUGGGUGUCCUGAGUGGGGAGUUCUCCAAGGAAAGGGAAAAAGCAAAAGCACGAGGAGACUUCCAAAAGCUUCGAGAGAAACAACAAUUGGAGGAGGACCUGAGAGGCUACCUAGAUUGGAUCACCAAGGCCGAGGAGCUGGACAUGGAGGAUCCCACCACAGGCGGCAACUCUGAUUCUGUGGCUAAUGAGAGCCAGCCUGGCCACCGACCUCAACUUGCUGAAGUGACGAAUAGGAGACUUGGACGCCUGCAUUGGUUCAGUCAUUCCACCCGCUCCACACACUCCACUAGUAGCCAUGCCAGUCUCCCAGCAAGUGACACUGGUUCAAUGGUGGAGACCCCAGGAGAUGAGGACGAGGAGGAAGGGGCUCUGGCGAGGUCUACUCAAUGCUUAAGCAAGAUCAUGAGGACUAGGAUCUGUCACCGCCUCUGUAGAGCCAAUCGGGACCUACGUGCACACUGUCGGCGGGCAGUGAAGUCCAAUGCCUGCUACUGGGCUGUGCUGCUCCUGGUCUUUCUCAACACUCUGACUAUCGCCUCAGAGCAUCAUGGACAGCCCAUGUGGCUCACUCAAACCCAGGAGUAUGCAAACAAAGUAUUGCUGUGCCUAUUCACUGUGGAGAUGCUGCUCAAGUUGUAUGGUCUGGGACCUUCUGUCUAUGUCUCCUCCUUCUUCAACCGUUUUGACUGCUUCGUGGUUUGUGGAGGCAUCCUGGAGACCACCCUGGUGGAACUGGGCACCAUGCAACCUCUGGGCAUCUCUGUGCUCCGAUGUGUGCGUCUCCUCAGGAUCUUUAAGGUCACCAGACACUGGGCAUCUCUGAGCAACCUGGUGGCAUCCCUGCUCAAUUCAAUGAAAUCCAUUGCAUCCCUGCUGCUUCUUCUCUUCCUCUUCAUCAUCAUCUUCUCUCUGCUUGGCAUGCAGCUGUUUGGUGGCAAGUUCAACUUUGACCAGACCCACACCAAGCGAAGUACCUUCGACACCUUCCCCCAGGCCCUCCUCACUGUCUUUCAGAUUCUUACAGGCGAGGACUGGAAUGUGGUUAUGUAUGAUGGUAUCAUGGCCUAUGGUGGUCCCUUCUUCCCAGGGAUGCUAGUUUGCAUCUAUUUCAUCAUCCUCUUCAUCUGUGGCAAUUAUAUCCUACUGAAUGUAUUUCUUGCCAUAGCUGUGGACAACCUAGCCAGUGGUGAUGCAGGCACUGCCAAGGACAAAGGCAGGGAGAAGACCACUGAGGGGAAUCUCCCACAGGAGAAUGAGAUGUUGGUCCCUGAUGGAAAGAACAAGGAAGAAGAAAGUACAAAGAGUGAAGAAGCAGGCAAGUGGGCAGGGCCAGAUGGAGAAGAGAUGAGAACUACUGAUCUCUGAGGCUUUCCACUCUGGGAAGAAGAGGAAGAGGAAGAAGAAAGCACAGGUCAUGUGGAAAUCCUGCAGGAAGUUGUACCUAAGGAGAAAGUGGUUCCCAUCCCUGAGGGCAGUGCCUUCUUCUGCCUUAGCCAGACCAACCCUCUGAGGAAAGCCUGCCACACCCUCAUCCAUCAUCACAUCUUUACCAAUCUUAUCCUGGUGUUCAUCAUCCUUAGCAGUGUGUCUCUGGCUGCUGAGGAUCCCAUCCGGGCCCACUCCUUCCGCAACCAUAUUCUGGGGUACUUCGACUAUGCUUUCACCUCCAUCUUCACUGUAGAAAUUCUACUAAAGAUGACUGUAUUCGGGGCCUUCUUGCAUCGUGGUUCUUUCUGCCGUAGCUGGUUCAAUCUGUUGGAUCUACUGGUAGUCAGUGUAUCCCUUAUCUCCUUUGGCAUUCAUUCUAGUGCCAUCUCUGUGGUGAAGAUUUUGCGAGUGCUUCGAGUGCUGCGCCCCCUCCGAGCUAUCAACAGGGCCAAGGGACUUAAGCAUGUGGUCCAGUGUGUGUUCGUGGCCAUCCGGACCAUUGGGAAUAUCAUGAUUGUUACAACACUCCUGCAGUUCAUGUUUGCCUGCAUUGGUGUACAGCUCUUCAAGGGAAAAUUCUACAGUUGCACAGAUGAAGCUAAACACACUCCCCAAGAAUGCAAGGGCUCCUUUCUGAUCUACCCUGAUGGUGAUGUGUCGCGGCCCCUGGUUCGAGAGCGGCUCUGGGUCAACAGUGAUUUCAACUUUGACAAUGUCCUUUCAGCCAUGAUGGCCCUGUUCACUGUCUCUACCUUCGAAGGCUGGCCUGCACUGUUAUACAAGGCCAUUGAUGCACAUGCAGAAGACAAAGGCCCCAUCUAUAAUUACCAUGUGGAGAUCUCCAUAUUCUUCAUUGUCUACAUUAUCAUCAUUGCAUUCUUUAUGAUGAACAUUUUUGUGGGUUUUGUCAUCAUAACCUUCCGUGCACAAGGUGAACAGGAGUAUGAAAACUGUGAGCUAGACAAGAAUCAGCGUCAGUGUGUGGAAUAUGCUCUCAAAGCCCAACCACUCCGCCGCUACAUUCCCAAGAAUCCGCAUCAGUAUCGUGUGUGGGCCACUGUGAACUCUGCUGCUUUUGAGUACCUCAUGUUCCUACUCAUCCUGCUCAACACAGUUGCUCUAGCCAUGCAGCACUAUGAGCAGACUGCUCCCUUCAACUAUGCUAUGGACAUCCUCAACAUGGUUUUUACUGGGCUCUUCACUGUUGAGAUGGUGCUCAAAAUCAUUGCCUUCAAACCCAAGCAUUACUUUACUGAUGCUUGGAACACGUUUGAUGCUCUUAUUGUGGUGGGCAGCGUGGUGGACAUUGCCGUCACUGAAGUCAAUAAUGGUGGCCACCUUGGUGAGAGCUCUGAAGACAGCUCCCGCAUUUCCAUCACUUUCUUUCGCCUUUUCCGAGUCAUGCGAUUGGUUAAACUUCUCAGUAAGGGUGAAGGAAUCCGCACAUUACUCUGGACAUUCAUCAAGUCCUUCCAGGCUUUGCCAUAUGUGGCUCUUCUCAUUGCAAUGAUAUUCUUCAUCUAUGCAGUCAUUGGCAUGCAGAUGUUUGGCAAGGUGGCUCUUCAGGAUGGCACACAGAUCAACAGAAACAACAACUUCCAGACCUUUCCACAGGCUAUACUGCUUCUGUUCAGGUGUGCCACUGGUGAGGCAUGGCAGGAGAUAAUGCUCGCCAGCCUUCCUGGAAAUCGAUGUGACCCUGAAUCUGAUGUCAGCCUUGGAGAAGAGUUUACCUGUGGAAGCAAUUUUGCCAUUGUUUAUUUUAUCAGCUUCUUCAUGCUUUGUGCCUUCCUGAUCAUAAAUCUCUUUGUGGCUGUGAUCAUGGACAACUUUGAUUAUCUAACCAGAGAUUGGUCUAUCCUGGGCCCUCAUCACCUGGAUGAAUUCAAGAGGAUCUGGUCUGAAUAUGACCCAGGGGCCAAGGGCCGUAUCAAGCAUCUGGAUGUAGUUGCCCUCCUAAGACGAAUUCAGCCUCCCCUGGGGUUUGGAAAACUGUGCCCACACCGAGUAGCCUGCAAGAGACUUGUGGCAAUGAAUAUGCCGCUCAACUCAGAUGGGACAGUGACAUUCAACGCCACACUUUUUGCUCUGGUUCGGACAUCUCUGAAGAUCAAAACAGAAGGAAACCUGGAGGAAGCCAAUCAGGAGUUGCGAAUUGUCAUAAAAAAAAUUUGGAAGCGGAUGAAGCAGAAACUUCUUGAUGAGGUCAUACCCCCUCCUGAUGAAGAGGAGGUCACCGUGGGUAAAUUCUAUGCCACAUUUCUGAUUCAAGACUACUUCCGCAAAUUCCGGCGAAGAAAAGAAAAGGGACUACUAGGAACUGAGGCUGCCCCGAGCACUUCCUCUGUUCUUCAGGCAGGUCUGAGGAGCUUACAAAACUUGGGUCCUGAGAUCCGGCAGGCCCUCAUCUGUGACACAGAGGAGGAGGAGGAAGAGAAGGGGGGAGAUGAGAAGGACUCAGAAAUCUACCAAGCCCCAUUGGGCUCCCAGCCCCCAUCUCGCUGGAGUUCGAUGAUUUCUGUGUCUCUUCCUAUUGGGAACAAACUCCCAGACUCCCUCUCCCUUGGACCUAGUGAUGAUGAUGGGUGUAUUUCCAACACCAAAAAGUUCCAUGUGUCCCAGGCUGGAUCACAUACCCUCAGGAGAAGUUCAGGGACUCUCAUCUUGACAAUCCCAGAAGACAAACCCAAGGGAACCAAAGAGCAAGACAAACUAGAUGAGGAAGAGGACGCCUCUAACCUGUUAUCUUAUACAGAUGAUCAGGCAGGAAUUACCCCACAACUAGCCCUUUUGCCAUCUUACAGACCUCAGAAAUAUGUAAAUGGGCACCAUGUCCCCCGUCGUCGUAUGCUGCCCCCUACUCCUGCAGGUCGGAAGUCCUCCUUCACCAUCCAGUGUCUGAGGCGCCAGGGCAGCUGUGAGGAUUUACCUAUCCCUGGCACCUAUCAUCGUGGACGAAACUCAGGACCCAACAGGAUGAAGGGUUCCUGGGCAACUCCUCCUCAGCAGGGUCGACUCCUAUAUGCUCCACUGUUAUUGCUGGAAGAAGGUGCAGCAGGGGAAGGGUACCUUGGAAAACCCAGAGGUCCACUGCACACCUUCACCUGUCUUCACAUGCCUGGAACUCAUGCAGAACCCAACCAUAGCAAGAGGGGCAAUGCCGACAGCCUGGUGGAGGCUGUGCUAAUCUCAGAGGGGCUAGGUCUCUUUGCCCAAGACCCACGCUUUGUGGCCCUGGCCAAGCAGGAGAUUGCAGAUGCAUGUCACCUGACACUGGAUGAGAUGGACAGUACUGCCAGUGACUUGCUAGCACAGGGGACCAGCUCACUCUACAGUGACGAAGAAUCUAUCCUCUCCCAUUUCGAUGAGGAGGACCUGGAAGAUGAGAUGGCCUGUGUCCAUGCCCUUUGA